AUGGAACAACAGCAGCAACAACAGCAGCAGGAGCAGAAGAAGCCGGCUCCACCUGUAGAGGAGGUCAAGUCCUAUUACUACCCAGAUAGAGCGGCAAACUUGACAGAGGUCAAGACUGGUUACUCGGCAUGGAAGACCAACUCAUUCAUAAGUUUCAUCGUUUUGUUGAUCCCUGUGAUCGUCGUCAACAUUGCCUACGUGUACAACAGGAGCGAGCUGUUCCUGGACGUGUUCAACAAGUUCCAGGACAUGCUUAUCCACGAGUUCAUCAACCAGGAGCCCACCACCAUCUACGUGGCGCUGUCCAUCGCCUUUGGCUCAUUGCUGCUCAUUAUCAUGGUCGUCUCGGUACUGAUGUCCAAGCGUCGCAAGCCCGUCUACCUCGUCGACUUCUCUGUCUUCCAGCCAGACGACAAGUACAAGAUCACUCACGAGUUCUUUGUCAAGCACACUGAGCACGUCGGCUGGUUCGACAAGGACUCGAUCGAGUUCCAGAAGAAGCUCCUCUAUCGUACUGGUCUCGGAAACGACACCUAUUUCCCACCCGGAAUCACCAAGCCUGUGCCCGACACUAGCAUGGAGUCCGCUCGUCAAGAGUCCGACAUGGUUCUCUCUGGCUGUCUCGACGAACUCUUCGCCAAGACCAAGAUUAGACCACAAGACAUCGACAUCCUCAUCGUCAAUUGCAGUCUAUUCAAUCCAACCCCAUCGCUAGCUGCAAUGAUGAUUAACAAGUACAAGAUGAGACAUGAUAUUCUAAGCUACAACCUUUCAGGUAUGGGAUGCUCUGCAAGUGUUGUCUCGAUUGACCUGGCCAAGCAAUUGCUCCAGGUUCACAAGAAUGCCAUUGCAGUGGUACUCUCAACAGAGAACAUCACUCAGAACUGGUAUCGCGGCAAUGAGAAGGCUAUGCUCCUGACCAACACACUGUUCCGUAUGGGUGGCGCUGCCAUCAUGCUGUCCAACAAGUCAAAGUACUACUGGACUGGCAAGUACAAGCUGCUCGCCUCGGUCCGUGUCACCAAGGCUCACGACACUGCCUACAACGCCGUCUACCAAACCGAGGACUGCCAGGGCAACAAGGGUGUGCGUUUGGCCACCGGUCGCGACCUGAUGGCCGUCGUCGGUGAGGCCCUCAAGACCAACCUUACAAUCCUUGGCCCAAUGGUGCUGCCAAUGAGCGAGCAGAUCAAGUUCUUCCUGCAUCUGUGCUACCGCAAGCUGUCGUCCAAGAAGAUCCAGCCCUACGUGCCCAACUUCAAGAAGGCCUUUGAUCACUUCUGUAUCCAUGCCGGUGGUCGUGCCGUCAUUGAUGGACUGGAGCAGAACUUCAACCUGUCCGAGUACGACGUGGAGCCAUCGCGCGCCACCCUCUACCGUUACGGAAACACCAGUUCCUCGUCCAUUUGGUACGAGCUCAACUUUAUUGAGAAGCAGCACCACGUCAAGAGUGGAGAGAAGGUCUGGCAGUUGGCAUUUGGCUCUGGAUUCAAGUGCAACAGUGCUGUCUGGCAAUCACUCAAGGAUAUCUAA